AGGAGGAGGAGGGAUCAUGCCAAAGAAAGCAAGGAAAGGUGGAGGAGGAAAAGGUGGUGGAAAGACAGAGGAGGAGAGACUGUUGUACCUGCAGCAGAGAGCUCAGGCUGAGGAAGAGAUGGCCAAGAAGAAAGAAGAGAUCCUCGCGUUGUUUCUGAAGGACAAGUUACAGAGGGAAGAGAGGAACACUGCGCUGAACUUGCUGAAGCUGAACGACGGCUGGAGGGCCAUUUUCCGUCAGACUCGUGCGGCUGAGCUGCGCCAAGACAUCACGGUGCUCAGUCAGACAUUUGAGAGGCACCUGGACAGCCUGGACAGCGUCAUCAAGAAUCUGGAACGUGACCUGCUGGAUGCGGAGCGUCAGUCGGCCCAGGUGCGCCGUGUUCACCUGCAGCACUUGGAGCGUCUGUGGGCUCAGCAGGACAAACGGCUGAUGUUUCUGCAGCAGCAGUGGGAGGACUGCAUGCAGCACAUCAGCUUCAGGUUCGACUCUGACAGGAAGCAGAUGUUGACGAACACUCAGCAGAAGCAAGCUCAUUCGGAGGAUGUGACGUUCACGCUGGAGCAGCAGCACAAAAAAGUGAUGGAUGAAAUCCACAGACUGUACAGUGAAAGCAUCGCAUCAUAUGAGAGCGCUCUCAUCGAAAGGAAGAGAGCUGUGAUGAGUGAUGAGGAGAAACUGAAGGAGAAGAUGAUCCAGAACCAGGAGGCCAUGCAGCUCUGCAGCCAGGAAACAAAAAAGCUCGAGGAGAUGAUGUUAAGAAACCAGAAGUUGAUUCAGAGGACCAACGAAGACAUGAAGAAGAUGCAGCAGCUGCAGGAUUCUGUCAUUGAGCUGAGGCAAAGGCUGAACUACAAUAAGACAGAAAACCAGUCGGCAGAACAAGAUCUGAUAGCUGCCAGAGACCAGGUGAACCAAGAGAUUCGUAAGCUUCGAGAACAGCUCGCUCGGGCUCAAACAGCGUCAAGGAAGCAGCUCACGAACCUCAGCGUCCAGAGCGACAACGCUGCCAAGAAACUGCGGGCAGUUAUCGCCAAGGGCGAGAAAGUUUUGCGUGUCACUGAAAUGUGUCAGAAGCUGGAGAGCAAGCAGCAAAGUGUCUCAGCAACAUUGUUCUCUACAAAGGAAGACCGACACGAGAGAACUGGACUGGAGACAGAGGAACCAGCAAAGGAGGGGUCGGAGAUUCCGGAGCUGCAGCAGGUGAUGCGGUCCAUCAACGAUGCGAUGUUGCGGCGAGAAGCUCUAAAGAAACACAAAGGUGAUCUGAUCCGAGAGAACCAGCAGCUGAGGCUGCUGCUGCGCCAACGCCUGGACGGCAUGAUGGUCAGCGACGACGCCUUUGACGGGCCCCAUGCUCUGCUCGCUGUGUACCAGGCCCCGUAUGCCACAAACCCACCGGACACCAACAGACGCCACACUGUCAUCGAGGCUGUUCACACUGUCAAACACUAUUUGUAAAGCUGUUCCUGCAGCUCUGAUACAAAACACUGGAUAAUCUUUGAUAAAACAUUAGAACAAACUCCCCGAUUUCAUGAAUAUAAACUCAAGGUGAACUUCAGCAGCAGCUUUCAACCACAUCUGAGGGUCUUCAUCAGCUAAUGGAGGUUGCACAGCUGCCAAAUCCCAAAAUGUCCUCACAUAUAUGUUGAAACAAUAAAAAGGACAAACACAAACUGUUACAUGCUCCUGAAUGCAUCACAGCUAUCAUUAGGAUGUUUUGGUUACCGAGCUGCUUGUGAAGUUUGUUACAGGAAGAACCAAAACUUUUUUCACGAUAAAGUACGGUUUAAUAGUAAAAAACAUCCAGCACAAAUCAACAUUUGCAAACUCCACAGUUCAGAAAAAACUAAACCCCCAAAACAUGAUUUGCUUUGAACGUUUUAGUCAAAACAAAACACACAGGAGUUCUUCUGGUGGCAGCACUGACUUCAGAUCUCCAAAUCUUUUUGACUUGUAUCCCUUUAAAAGGGUACAGUGUGUAGGAUUUAGUGGCAUCUAGUGGUGAAAUUGCAGAUUGCAACCAAAUGAAUACCCCUGAUCUCAACAUUCCUUUAAAGCAUGUAGAAGAACCAGGUGAUUAAACGCAAAUGAAAACAUACCAAUAUUACAUUUCUGCCAUAUUCUGUAAAUGAAAUCACAUAAAUCUGACCUGCAAAACAAAGUCUACCUGCAACCCCCGUCAAAAGUUAAAUAUGCAGCACUAAUGGCUCAAUAAUGAAGUAACACUAUCAAGUGUUUUCCAAGAAACAGAAUGAAUAAAGGAAUAAACCAUUGUGGAGUGUUUUCAGUGUGUUGUGAGGUCAUUUAAAAUUUUAUGACUGACUUUGGUAAAAAUCUACAGAAUCUUUUCCUGAAAGGGGUCGAACUUUGUCCCAACUUUUAUUUUGAUGGUAUAUUUCCUUUUGAAUGAACUGCAAUCAAACCAUCAGCGUGUUGGUACAGAAUGAUCAGCGGAGCAGCAGCCUCUGUACAGGUACACCAUUUAAUAGUUAUUAUAGACAUUUUAUAUACAGUUGUAUUCUGCUAUGUGGUACAAUCUUUAAAAUCUGCUGUUUCAUAGUUUGUAAAUCAAAAAAAAAAAAAAAAAA